AUGAACACAAGAACCCAGAGAAAACGCACGUACUCGUGGUUUGGAAAAGCUAUCUGGACAGACAAGCAGUUGCAGAUCUCCCAUUAUAGGGGGCUGUCUGUUAAAUCUGGGAAAAAUGUCACCGAGAUCUGUAUUUUCCCUGGAGAGUUUGUUUUAGUAGCAAGUGAGGAUACGGAUCAGCUCUCAGUGGCCAGACUUGAAAAAUUAUAUGAAGAUGGUGCUAAGGAAAAACAUGCAGUUGUGGAGUGGUUUUCUCGUAUCACUGAAAUACCUCUCAGUCAACGAAUAUCUUUGAGACGAGAAGCUUCUCGGGAAAUAUUUCUGAAUGAAAAUGCUAAAUGGGACACUGAUAUACUUGUUACAUCUAUUAUUAGUAAUGUCAUGGUUGUUCCACUGUCCUUGCAUGAAGUUUUGCCUCCUGUGUCAGAGGAUGAAGAGAUUUUCUUUAUACGGGAAUCUUGGGAUGGAAAAAAGUUUAAACCAUUGUCACCUAGUUUAUUAGCAGAGUUGAAAGACUCUGUCAAAAUGAAGACUAAAGACUUUGCAACUGAGUACCACCUGAGUCCUUCACACACAAUUCGCUCUCCUGAAGCAGAAACUGAGAAGGUCGCUUGGAGUACCAGAAGCCGCAAGAAGAGUGUGGCAGAAGUAGAAUCAAGACACUCGGCCUCCAGGUCUUCCCUGUCUAAGCAGAGACAUGCCCAAAGAAUGGCCAAUGGCAGUGACACUCCAGGAGCAAAGAAAAAAUUACAGUUAAACAGCCCUAGAAAAUCUCCCAUAAGCAAGUUUACUGAACAAGACAUGAUUGAGCUUUUGGACAAUGAUUUCACUGAGCCUGUAAAGCAAUCAGCCCCCAAACGAAAAGUGACAUUAACUGGCAUUAAUGGUUCUCCUCCAAAAAUAUCCUGUGCUACUGAGAAAGAUGAUCUCUUUCUAGACAUCAGACCACUGGGCAACCGUUUUGAAGAAACAAACACAAACCUAUCAACUCCUUGCAAGAAGAAUCAAUGUUCCAGUCAGAAAACUAGGACUUCUGCUAUGCAAUACAAUGUCACAGAUUUAAGAGAAGAUCAGGAAUCGGAAGCCAGAAGCCCAGCAGUGACUCCACGUUCACGCAGGAAAUGUGCACUGGUGACUGCUAUUCGCAUUACAAAACAGCUUCGUUUAUUAAAUAAAGCUGGAGGGAAGGACAAGGAAAAGGACCUCUUUUCUUCCCUGGAAAGUUCUGAUUUAAGUAGUAGUGACGAAGAAGACAUCAAGGUGUGCCAUACACCUAAGAGGCAAAUGAGGCUCAUGGAAAGUUCUGAUUCUAGUAGCAGCGAUAAAGAGGACAUCAAGGUGCUUCGUACACCUAAGAGGCAAACGAGAUCCACUCCAAAAAUCUCAAGAAAACCAUCUGGUGGGACACCUGGCAAGGUUCGAAGCAAAACUCCUGAGACAAGAAUUCCCAAGACUCCAAGUAAUGCAACUCCAAGAAUUCGCAGCCGAAAUCAAAUUGCACAGAAGCCAGUCAGUGUGCUUGAAAAGGCUAGAAUAAGGCUACAUGUGUCUGCUGUCCCAGAGUCCUUGCCCUGCCGUGAAAAGGAAUUCCAGGAUAUCUAUAACUUUAUAGAAAGCAAACUCAUUGAUGGGACAGGCGGAUGUAUGUACAUUUCUGGAGUUCCUGGAACAGGCAAAACAGCAACAGUUCAUGAGGCCAUUCGUUCUCUCCAGCAGGCAGCAGAAAAAGAGGAGCUACCAUAUUUCCAGUUUAUAGAGAUUAAUGGCAUGAAGUUAACUGAUCCCCACCAAGCCUAUGUGCAGAUCUUAAAGUUAAUGAUUGGCCAGAAGGCAACUGCAGUCCAUGCUGCUGUGCUCCUGGAGAAGAUGUUCAGCAAGCCUGGAUCUAAAAAGAAAACUGUAAUACUCGUAGUAGAUGAGCUCGAUCUCUUGUGGACCCGAAAACAAAACGUGAUGUACAAUCUCUUUGACUGGCCAACCAAGAAAAAUUCCAAGUUGAUCGUCUUGGCCAUUGCUAACACCAUGGAUUUGCCAGAGAGAAUUAUGAUGAACAGAGUAGCUAGCAGGCUGGGUCUUACCAGAAUGUCCUUCCAGCCAUAUACCUACAAAGAGUUACAGAAGAUUAUCUCAUCCAGAGUGGGCCAGAUGAAAGCAUUUGAAGAAGAUGCAAUUCAGCUUGUUUCUAGAAAGGUGGCAGCUUUAUCUGGGGAUGCAAGACGUUGCCUGGAUAUCUGCAGAAGGUCCACUGAGAUCUGUGAACGUGCUAGCCAGAAAAGCAGGUCUGGAUUGGUUGGCAUGGCACAUGUUAUGGAAGCCAUGGAUGAAAUGUUCUCAUCUCCUUAUAUAAAUACAAUUAGGAAUGCUUCACUGCAGGAACAAACCUUCCUCAAAGCAACUAUUGCAGAAUUUCGCAGGUUAGGGCUGGAGGAAGCUACAGUUCAGCAGAUAUUUCAUCAGCAUGUUGCACUGUGUAGAAUUGAAGGCCUGCAAACUCCUACCAUAUCAGAAAUAAUGGCAAUUUCUUCACGGCUUGGUACCUGUAGACUCUUGUUAGUAGAGUCUAGCAAUAAAUAUCUUCACAUGCGAAUUCGACUGAAUGUUAGCCAGGACGAUGUCAUGUAUGCACUCAAGGAAGAGUAAAGCAACAUAACAGUUUUGCUGGCACAUGUAUGUAUAUGAAGACUUUUAUCUUAAAUUUUAG